UAUUUGACGUACGAUUCAAUUGGCAAGGUUUUUGGGCGAGUGCGUGCGUGAGGUUCACCAGUCUUGUAAUAAUAUCGUGUGAUUAUUAUUACUGUACUGUAAGCUACCGCCGUCGCUGUUCAUCAACACAUAAGCCGUCGAGUUGCUCGAAACGAAACUGAUUACGACACACACGCACUAACAAACACUCUCACACGCAGGCGAGAUAGCACAGCGCGCGCGCACUUAAAAUUCGUGUGUGUGUGUGUGUGAGUUUUUGAUUACUAUUUAUUUAUUAUUUUUUCCAUCGGCAAACGGUGUCGACGUUCUGCCGUCGAAACGCUUUAACUUCGCCGUCUGCGCUCCUCGUUCGCUAAAGUCGACCGUCGCGCGUCGCCCUGUCCAACGGCGUGCACGCGCAUAAAGACGCUGCCGCCGCGGCUUUUGGUUCGCUCAUUUGACGCGUGUCCGAUGUUCUGCAGCGGCAACGCCGCCGCCAGUCAACAGCAGUUCGAUUCGAUCGUCACGUGGUACACACCCUCCGCUCGAGGCCGGUCAUCUGCUUGUAAACAAAAGUGUGCUUAGUAUUAACUAAUCUUAGUACGUCGUAUACUUGUGACCGAUACCUCGCCGGUAACUUUUAAUUCUCUCUGUCUGACAUUCGUUUUUGAAUUUUAGACAUUUUGUCGGCGUUUUUCGCAGUGGUGGUCGUUUCAACGCGACCACUCGAUCGACCUGUCAACGCCAUCUCUGGUCAUGUCGGAUACAGAUUGGACGUUGCAUGCGCUCAAGUCUAUGCCCGGUAGUCCGACCAACGUGCAAUGGGCUCCAGAUCAGGAUGUAACUGGUGUGAUAGCAAAGUUAGAGGGUCGAGAGCUCGAAUAUCUCAUUAGACAAAAGCGUAUUGUUAUUGGUCGGAAUAGUUCCAAGGGACAGGUGGAUGUAAAUAUGGGACACUCGAGCUUUAUAUCACGCAGACAUUUAGAUGUGCUCUAUGAACAUCCAAACUUUUACUUGACGUGCCAUGGCAAAAACGGCGUAUUUGUGGACGGUGUAUUCCAGAGAAAAGGAGCACCAGCGUUACAGCUGCCCAGACGAUGUUUAAUGCGUUUUCCAAGCACAACAAUUCGGUUAGUGUUCUAUUCUUUAAUUGAUGAAAUGGCACCUCCUCCUAUCCUUCAAAAUUCACUGAUUCAAACUCAAACUAGAACAGCAACUACACCAUCUAGAAGCUAUGCCAAUCCAUUAAGUAUACAUAUACCUCCUCAAAUUAUUAAACAAGAGCCAACUACAUAUUUAUCUAAGGAGAAUAGAUUUAUGAGUCCAUUUCCAUCACCUACAGGCACUCUUAGUGCUGCCAAUUCUUGUCCAACUAGUCCUAGAGGAGGCCAUAAUAGACACACCCUUGGACCAGACUUACAAAUGGCAGCAUAUGCAGCUGCUGUAGCAAAUCCUGGUCAAAUAGGGGUUAUAGCUACACCUACUUCAUCUGCAAUAUAUGUAGAAGAAAAUAAACACCUUGUAAUGUCUAGUCAAAAUAAUAGAGAUGAAGAAACUAGCCCAUUAGAUCCAGCUGUAUUUGAUGUUAGCAUAGGAAGUGAGCAAUAUGUUGGUGAAUUUUAUAGAAAUGGAACAUCAACAUCAAAUAUACCAAAUUAUAGUCCUCCUGAAACUGUGAUCCAAGAUAAAUCAGCACCAACUAAUAACAACAAUAGUAAUACUAAUUCAAAAUCGAGGGAUGAUUCGAAACCACCUUACUCUUAUGCUCAACUUAUUGUGCAAGCAGUUGCUUCUGCUCCAGAUCGUCAACUUACUCUCAGUGGAAUUUAUUCUUAUAUUACCAAAAAUUACCCAUAUUAUCGAUUUGUGGACAAAGGAUGGCAAAAUUCAAUCAGACACAAUUUAUCAUUAAAUCGUUACUUCAUCAAAGUACCUCGUUCUCAAGAAGAGCCAGGUAAAGGAGCAUUUUGGAGGAUUGAUCCUUCUUCCGAACAAAAAUUAAUUGAACAGGCUUUCCGGCGUAGAAGAAUCAGAGGAGUUCCUAGUUUUAGAUUGAAUAAUUCAUUUGGAAUGUCUUCAAGAAGUGCCCCACCUUCACCUAAUCAUCUCACUGGGGGUGGUGGAUGUGAAUUAUCAAUUACUGAUUCAUUGUCUAGAGAAAAUUCUCCAUCUCCUCCUGUUUCAUCUUCAGAUCAGCCUCAAGAUGAUUCCAAUUUUUCAAGUUCCAAUCAAUCUAAAUCACCAGGCAAAAUAUCUCAUACAAAUGGUGUUCUUCACUAUGUGUCAUCUACUGCUAACAGUGAGACCUCUGAAAUGCAAAGUCCUCAACAAUUGACAUUUUUAAAGUCUAGACUAGUCUUACCAGUGACAACUUAUAGUAAAUCAGCAAGACAAAUAACUAUAGUAAAUAACGGGCUUCAAACAUCUCAAUCAGGAAGCAAUCCUAAAUCUAAUUUAAACUUUAUUGCUUUUCCACCACCACUCAAAGAAUCAAUGUUACCACAAGCUCCUGUUAUUGUUCAGGCUUUAGACCAAACUUUUGAUGGGUCAAAAUUGAGUCAUAAUUUAAAUAUUGAAAAAGCAGUUAAUCAUCAUAAAUCAGAACAUAAUGAAAGGGAUGAAGAUUUAUCUCAUAAUAAUCCUACUCAAGGUAUAGAAAUUGAAUCAAGCGAGUUAGGAAUUCAAGACAUUCAUGAAGAAAUAAUAGACGAUACUCAGAAGACUAUGGAAGAAUGCACUGAAGAGCCUAAAGUAAUACCAGAAGAAUCUUCUGAAAAUGGUGUUGUAGAAGAAGAACAACAACUGAUAAUCAAUGAAGAAAUGAUUGAAGAAAAAAAAGAAGUUAAACAAGAAAAUUUUGAUGAAACUAAAGAAGAUGACACAAAAUAUUCUGACAAGUUUCAAGAACCACAAGUUAAACGCGCCAAAAUAAGUUUUUAUCAACAAGAAAUUAAUGGUGUCCCAUAAAGGUAAUAUACAUAUUAUUAGACAUAAAAGAUUUUAUUGUUAUAAUAUUUGUAAUUGAUAUUUUUCUGAAUAUUUUAUUUGUACAUAAAAAUUAUGUAUAUGUCUGAUAUAUUAUAUGUGGUCUAUAAAGUUAUUGUUAACAUUUUGAAUUGUUUUCUUUAAAAUUAAUUUUAGCUUAAAUCAAAUUUGGUUUUUCUUUCUGUGUAAACUAUAAUAUCUAGUUAUUCUAUAAAUUACUUAAUAUAUAAUUUGCUUCAGCAUAAUGAUUAUAUAUAUAUAUAUAUAUAUAUAUAUAUAUAUAUAUAAUAUAUUCUGUUGUUAAACUAUAAAUAAUGACAGUAAAUUAUAAAAUGUAGUCUAAUAUAUUGUAUUUUUACAAAACUUUUAUUCAAAACCUACAGUCUUCUUUAUAGUUAUAGUUAUAUAAAGUGUAAAUAUAUUCUAUUAUUACAAAAGUUAAUAAAAAAUAGAUUAGAUAGAACCUAAAAAAAACCACCCCCUAAUUACAGUAAAUUAUCUAUUUUUGUUAUUAUUUAUCAUUGUUCCUUGUAAAUAUCUGUUGCCACAUAUCUAUUGUACAAAAAAAAAAAAAAAACUAAAUAA